AUGUCAUUUAUUUCAGUCUUUAUUCGUAACCACCUCCGGUAAUAUCUCAACAUUCAAAUAAUUUGUUUUAUUUGAAACGAAAAAAUUCUUCGUUUCGAAUUCCUAUCGCAAGUAUCUGAAAUUCAGUGUUGCUCAACGCUUGAUCGAGAUGUGUCAAAGUGCCUGUGGUAGCGUGUCCUAUGCUCUAGCUUAUGGUCCUGUUGGACCCGCCUUGCCGGCGAUGAACUACAAUAACUGUUGUUGUGGUCCCAGUCCGCCGUGUGGUCCUUGGACCUGUCCGCCCAACAGAUGCCGUUGCUGCGGUGAAUGCGGCUGCUUCGGACCCUUUUACUAGAACUAUCCCGUAGGAGCUGUCAUAUAUUGUAUGAUAGACGAGUCUUUUUGACCAAACUAAAUUAAUAUCUUUCUGUAUGCUUGCGUGGGAAGUCGGCGAAGUGUUUUUUCUAGGUUUUGUAAUCAAAUAAAUUGUUUGUUUAUGUAAGAAA